GCUUGACUUUCACCGUUGCACCGGUUUCCUCCUUUCCCUUUUUCCCGGGCAAACCGUACUGCCAAAAUUGGCCGUGGGCGGUAAUAGGUUGCAUUGUUUGAGCGAUCUAUUUUAAGAGCACGGCGCAGCUGAGUCGGGCAAAGUUUUAGAAAUUUCGCAACGAUACCGGUCUGCUGGGUUGGGAUAUUGUUUUCUUGGAAUACUGGAGCGAGGAAGGAGACUGAGAAGCCGGACUGAGAUACUGGAGUGAGAAGCUGGACCAAAAAGCUGGAUUGAAGAAUUGGACCAGAAACUCCACCGUAUCAAUAUACAGUAUACUGUCAUGGCGCCAAAGGGACAUUUCAAAUUUGACGACGAGGGUUUCAAUGACCGUGCCCCGGCAACGACUAAUAUAAACAAGGCGCUGGAAGAGAAGAAAGAGAAGCAGGAGAAGCAGGAGAAGCAGAAGAAGGCAGAAAAGUUUGAAAAGUUUCAACAACAGACGCAGCCACAGCCGCAUUCGCCGCAGCUGAAUGGGGAGAAGAGUUCGCAGCAACAGCAACAGCAAUCGCAAGUACUAAAUAAGAAGCGGAAGAGGGAAGAUAAUGAUCGAGACGGACAAAAGCGGCAUCAAGUAAAGCGUGAAGACAAUGACAGAGAAGGACAAAGACGGCACCAAGGACAUUCAGGCAAAGAGCUCAAUGGCAAGUCCGAGCGCCUGAACAACAAUGGCAAAGGAAGAAAUGGAUCUCCGGUCAAUUCGUCGCUAAAAGCAAAAGCCAAUGCGUUACUCUCCAAGCGCAAGGAUCUUCCGAUUUGGGCGCAUCAGAGCGAAAUCCGCCAGUCGCUGGCGAAGAAGAAUGUCAUGUUGCUGGUCGGUGAAACGGGUAGCGGAAAGAGUACGCAAGUGCCUCAAUUCCUGUCUACCGAACCCUGGUGCAGGCCGCAGAUGGUCAAGGUGGCAAAGGAUGGCAAAGGCCCGAUUGAAGAUCUCUCGGUGGGAGGGUGCAUUGCUAUUACGCAGCCGCGACGAGUGGCGGCUAUUUCGCUGGCACGUCGUGUAGCGGAGGAGAUGGGCACGCCCUUGGGAAACUCAUCACCAGCAAGCACAGUUGGAUAUUCGGUGCGAUUCGACAACUCGAUUUCACGGAAUACCAAGAUCAAGUUUCUCACCGAAGGAAUGCUCUUGCAAGAAAUGUUACGGGACCCGUGGCUGAGACAGUACAGCGCUGUUGUGGUGGAUGAAAUUCACGAGCGAGGCGUCAACGUGGAUCUGGUCGCGGGAUUUUUGCAAAAGAUGGUCUCAGGCAAGAAUGAGGGACGUGGUGGAAUACCGUUGAAGGUGGUGGUCAUGAGUGCCACUGCUGAUAUGGAGGGUCUAUUGAAGUUUUUCGAUGCAGGAUUUAAGCAGCCGACUGCUGCUGUGAAUGGAAAGGGGCAAAAGGCAAUCAAGAAAGACGAAGAGGAAACUGAAUGGUCGGGAAUAUCGUCGGACGACAACAAAGCUUCAAAGAAGGCUUAUGGAACACCCAACGGCACCGUGUCCAAGCCUGGGCCAAACACUGAUUCCAAAUCUAAUGCCCUCGUAAAGAAACACAAAAACGGAAACCCAGAGGGAGAUGAGUCCGCUCCAUUUACGGAAUUCGACCCGGUCAAAUUCGGGUCUCCUCACAUUUCCGUGUGUUUCAUCGAAGGUCGGCAGUUUCCCGUCAAGAUCUUUUAUACCCCUGAGCCUGUGCAAGAUUUUGUCGAUGCCGCACUACAUUCGAUAUUCCAAAUUCACUAUAAGGAGCCUCUUCCGGGCGACAUUCUAGUCUUCCUCACUGGCCAAGAUACAGUCGAGAAUCUAGAGCAACUUGUCCGAGAGUACGCCUCGGGAAUGAGUCCUGAAUUGCCCAAGCUCCUCGUGCUUCCGCUGUUUGCCGCGCUCCCUCAAGCUGCUCAGCAGCGCGUGUUCCAACCUACUCCUCCCAAGACCCGCAAAGUCAUUCUUGCCACCAACAUUGCCGAAACGUCCGUCACCGUCUCCGGCGUGCGGUACGUCAUCGACUGCGGCAAAGUGAAAAUCAAGCAAUUCCGGAACCGGCUCGGUUUGGACUCGUUGCUGGUCAAACCUUUGUCUAAAUCCGCCGCGAUUCAACGAAAAGGUCGUGCAGGCCGUGAAGCACCCGGACAAUGCUACAGACUAUAUACAGAAAAGGACUACCUGCAGCUCGCACAGGCUAACACCCCUGAAAUUCUUCGAUGCGACAUUAGCCAAGCGAUUCUCACCAUGAAGGCUCGUGGCAUCGACGAUAUCAUCAAUUUCCCGUUCCUGGACCGCCCACCGCGAGAGGCACUGGAAAAGGCUCUUUUGCAACUCUACCAGCUGGGCGCGCUUCAGGACGACGGCGCCAUCAGCGAGGUUGGUUUGAAAAUCGCGAAACUCCCGCUGACGCCGUCUCUCGGAAGGGUCCUUCUGGCUGCGGCAAACCCAGACAUGGAUUGUCUCUUGGAAGCGAUUGAUAUCAUUUCGGCACUGAGCGUGGAAAAUGUGUUUUUGAAUCUCACGUCGGAGGAGAAGAAGGAAGAGGCCGAGACGGCUCGGAGAGACAUUUCUCGGCGCGAAGGCGACCAUUUGACCUUGCUCGCCACAGUGCAGGCGUAUGCGGGUGAGAAUUCGGAUCGAAAGGCCUGGUCUGAACGCCAUUUUGUCUCUCAUCGAGCCAUGCAAGCUGUCAUGGACGUACGCAAACAACUCCGCGCCCAAACCACACAUUUGCCCAUUUCCGCCGACGACAUUGUCGCCUAUGAUUCUCGCACGUAUGCCGUGACCCCCGAGCGCGCGGGUCUCAUUCUCCGCUGCUUCCUCAAGGGCUUCUCCCACAACACGGCCCGCAUGAUGCCCGAUGGCUCGUACAAGACGAUUAUCGGAAACCAGACGGUCGCGAUCCAUCCCUCCUCGGGCCUUUUCGGGAAGAAGGUCGAAGCUAUCAUGUAUAAUGAGUUUGUGUUUACGAAUAAGAGCUAUGCGCGGGGCGUCAGUGGCGUGCAGAUGGACUGGGUCGGUGAGGCUCUGGCGUAGUAAAUCCUUGCAUUGGAGACUGAUUUAGCAUGUUGCAUGUUGGGUGUUGCUCGCAUGAUUAUUUCCAAUGCGCAAGGCGUUUAGUCCUUUUAUGCUCUUUUUAUUCUCAGUUUAUCAUUUUUUUUUGUUUUUGAUUCUCAUUUUAUUCUCAAUUUAUC